CUGCACUAAGCGCGUGCGCGUGAGUAUGUGUGGGGCGUCGUUACUACUUGCCGUGUGUAGGCGUUGGCAAAGCGAGCUGGGUGACAUGCCGUGAAGAAUUACGGCGUUUCGCGUAAUCUUCUGCACGUGUAUGAUCGAAAUAGAUGUUCGUUAGCGGUUUUUCGUUGAAUGACUACGCGGUGGAAUUGUCUUAAUAACUUCUUCAAUGGACGGAACCGCAAUGCGAUGGUGAAACGACAGUGAAGUGAACAGUGGGAGCGAACAGCAGAGGGAAUAUAGAAGCCAGCCACGUAUCUUGCAAUGGAAACCAACUACUCCUGAGCAGACCAAAGUAAUGCACGCGAGGCUGGUGUUUGGUUUCGUGCGGCGGCCGUUUAUGUUUUGAAUGAAUUUUUAAUUUUUUUUCUUACUCCGUUUUCACUAGAACUCGCUACGAGUCCAUCCCUCUUGCGGAAGAACUAUAGUUACGACUAAUUACGUUAAAUUCUUAUUCCUGAAGUGAUAACACGUAUCAGAAGAUUGUGUUCUGCGAACGGGGAUACUUGUGUAAAGAUCACACGAAUGGUGGCAGUACAAAAGUGACAAAUGAUGUGAAAACUUUUUUCACAAAAUCGUAGUAAUACUAGUUUUACAAUGUAAUAUUCCAGUUAUCGUAAAAAUAAUAUGAUGUAAAUUGAAAGGUUUUACAUGGUGUCUCGUGGCUAAAGCGCGAGAAUUAAUACAAGCUCAAUCAAAGUUCUCGAGUCUAGAACGAAUUAAGGAUUUAUGGAAGGCAAAAACCUCGAAGAAAAUAGCUCGAAGCAACGCCGGGGGACGCGGCGUGACAGUAGCUGAAACGAGCGAAGACGUGAACCGUUGCAUCCGUGAACACAGACGCACGGUUGUCAUUUUAAUUAUAUGAGAAGAAUAAUAAUAUAUCUUUACGAAAAAUAAAAGAUUUCAACCAAUUUAACCGUCGCCGCGCAUCAUGUUCACACAUGACAUUUCACGCAGGUGAGGCAGCCCGUAGCUGGGAGGAAGCUACAGUGAUCAGCUGCUAUGUCAAACAAUCAGCUGGUUGACUCCUGUCUGCUGGUGAAUCGGCGGAUCGAGCAGAGACAAGAGCACAACAUAACGCGCACUGAAAUUACGCAGAGACGAGUACUUCAAGAAAAAGGUCCAGACAUGCCUCAAUAUACAGGACAAAAUGACACUGAUUACCAUGGUAGCAAUGGACAGACUGAUACACACUCCUUGCACUCUUCACAUUUAUCUGUACAAGAAGAUCCAUUGGUCAUGCGAUCCCACAAACAGCAAACAUCUCAGCAGGUCACAACAGUUACCAAGGUUGUGCGCGAAGUCUCCCACAUGGAACCAGACACGGGUGCUGUAAGCUACAUGUCAGUGCCACUGUUGCCACAGGAUUACCAGCAUGCUGAUCCACGAUAUCAAGCAGACCCUUAUAUGGUUGGAUUUGAGCAUUACGACGGAUAUUUGGGCUAUCCCGCACAACCUGGAUAUCCUGGACCUCAUGGGCUUUACAUGCCACGACCUCAUUCUCCUCAUAGUCCGCACAGCCCGUCCGAACAUAGUCAUGCUUCUCCGACUCAUGAGUAUUUACGAAAAUCAGCUCCUUACUUAGAAGCAGGCUAUAACGAUGUGGACCCAGGCUUGAACUCGGGAUUGCAAGAUCAUUAUCGUAUCACGCCUAGUCCCGGAGGCCCUGGAGACCAAUAUGAUCAAAUCAGUAACUCAUGGAACAUGGAUGAUUCUGGAGAACCUUCUCAACAUCCACAUGAUGAGGCCAAAGUUGCAUAUGGUUAUGUCUCUCCUUCGCCAUAUGGUCCAGUAGGAUAUGGGCCCGGGGUUGUAGGCAUGGGAUCCGUAGGUGUGCCGGGAGAGGUGCCUGUUGGUUACGAGGAAGGUCAUCCUGCACCUUUGUCGAGUGGUGUGCCCCCUGGAAUAUUCGAGGAUGACGUUCAUAUCCAACGAUUGCAAGCACGUCAUCCCGCUGUUCCAGGAAUGGCAAGUCCGUUGGACGAUGAUCAGAAAUCAACGCGAUGGAGGGAUCCGAACUUAUCGGAAGUGAUCGGCUUCCUAAGUAAUCCAAACAAUGUGAUUAAGGCAAAUGCUGCAGCUUAUUUGCAACAUUUAUGUUAUAUGGACGAUCCCAAUAAACAGAAGACUCGUAGCCUUGGUGGAAUACCGCCAUUGGUUCAAUUGUUGAAUCACGAUAGUCCUGAUGUAUACAGAAAUGCUUGCGGAGCUCUCAGAAAUCUUUCUUAUGGAAGACAAAAUGAUGAAAAUAAACGAGCCAUAAAGAACGCUGGUGGCGUUCCUGCUCUUAUUAAUUUACUAAGAAGAACGUCUGAUGCUGAUGUUAAAGAACUUGUUACUGGAGUUUUAUGGAACUUAUCUUCUUGUGAAGACUUGAAACGAUCAAUAAUCGAUGACGGAGUAACAAUGGUAGUUAAUAAUAUUAUUAUCCCGCAUAGCGGUUGGGAUCCAAAUUCUACAAGUGGAGAAACGUGCUGGUCAACUGUCUUCAGAAACGCAUCAGGUGUGCUAAGGAAUGUGUCUAGCGCUGGUGAAUAUGCCAGAAAGAAACUGAGAGAGUGCGAGGGUCUGGUAGAUGCCUUGCUAUACGUCGUUAGAUCUGCUAUUGAGAAAUCAAACAUAGGAAAUAAAAUUGUAGAAAAUUGCGUCUGCAUUCUUAGGAAUCUAAGCUACAGAUGUCAAGAGGUUGAAGAUCCAAACUAUGACAAACAUCCCAUACAGUCCACUGUGCAAAACAGAGUCUCAGCACCUGCCAAAGGAGAAAAUCUGGGAUGCUUUGGUGGUAGUAAAAAGAAAAAAGAUGGUCAACCGGUUCAAAAAGAAGCGAUGACCUCGCGCACAACUAAUCCUAGAAAUGAACCGGUUAAGGGGAUGGAACUACUUUGGCAACCUGAAGUAGUUCAGUCAUAUUUGAGUCUCUUACAAACGUGUUCGAACCCUGAAACUCUUGAAGCAGCAGCGGGAGCUCUGCAAAAUCUUGCAGCCUGCUAUUGGCAACCGAGUAUCGAGAUGCGCGCAGCUGUUAGAAAAGAAAAGGGUCUUCCAAUUUUGGUAGAGCUCCUUCGAAUGGAAGUUGACAGAGUAGUAUGCGCGGUCGCGACGGCUCUAAGAAAUCUGGCAAUAGACCAGCGAAAUAAAGAGCUUAUAGGAAAAUAUGCGAUGAGAGAUCUCAUCCAAAAAUUGCCAUCAGGAAAUAAUCAGCACGAUCAAGGUACCAGUGACGAUACGAUAGCUGCUGUCUUGGCAACACUGAAUGAAGUUAUAAAGAAAAAUGCCGAGUUUUCAAGAUCACUACUUGAUGCUGGUGGUGUGGAAAGGCUUAUGAAUAUCACUAGACAGAGACAAAAAUACACUCCUCGUGUUCUCAAGUUCUCAGGACAAGUUUUGUUUACCAUGUGGCAGCAUCAAGAACUGAGAGAUGUUUACAAGAAACAUGGCUGGAAGGAACAAGACUUUGUCACAAAAACUGUGGCAGCUAGAAACUCUGGACCGAAUUCUCCUAAUAAUGCCAACAGCUUUGAUUGCAGUACUCUGAAUCGACCAAUGGCGAGUCAAGGAAGCACACGAUACGAAGAUCGUACCAUGCAAAGGCCUAGUCAAAAUUCCAACAACGUAGGACGGCCUACAAUGUAUCAACAGCAGAAUGAAGAGCUGACCAUGUCAGAUAUGCAGUAUCCUAAGCAGAGUGUUGGACAUGCCCCACCAGCUGGAGGAGUUUGCGUAUUUCCCUCGAUACCACCAAAACCCGGUGAGCCGCUCUAUGCGCAAGUUAACUUGGAGAAGAAAAAGAAACGGCAGUAUGAGAUGGGGGCGGGUCAGGUUCAGGGUGGUCAAGGGGUUCAGGGUGGGACGGUUGCGGGGGGAACCGGAAAUCCGCAGUGGGUGAGGGAUGGUGUCGGUAUUCAAGAACAAGUGGUACCUACAACGGCGAGCAUUCCUCCUAGUACAACGGCGGCAACAGCCGGGGACUCUUGGGUAUAAUAAAGUAAUGAAACACUUUCAAAAUAAAUAGGCUUAUAAAGAGCGAGUGAAGUGGCGGGUGGUGAACGGCUGAAGUAAUGUAAGAAUAGUCUUUCCAAGUCUGUUUAAAUGAUAAAAAUAAUAACUAAUUAUUAACACGAUAGAAAUUUUAUUCAACCGAGGACGAGGACGAGGACGAUGAUCCACCUCGUAUUAUUUGCUGGUUUCAUCAAGUUCCAUCGUUGAAAAUAAAAUUCAAUAUCACUCAACUGAAAUAAAAUCGAACAAUGCAAUGAUUGUGGGCGUUUGUAAAAUUGAAUCAAUUCAACUUAAGUCUCAAACGGCUACACCAAUUAAUGUUAAGCAAGCGGGCGAUAAAAACCUUAGAGGUGAGUGAUAGUCUUAUAAUAUUCGAUCUAUUGAUAAUAUAGCAUUUACAUAAAUCAUUUAGGAAUUAACGAUAAGAAUCUAUGAUUCAUCCCGUUGCAUCCAUGGCUAUAGCUGCAAUUAAUGGCUCUAACUUUAUGCACAAUUCUAAAUUUAUACACACACACACACACAUACACAUACACACACGCGCGCACACCCAUAUACAUACAUAUUAUAUUAUUAAGUAUAACGUCGACAACCUGUACUGAUUAUUGUAUUUUCAAAAUAAGAAAACGUAUAUAAAUAUGUGGCGAUGAACUCGUAUAAAUCAUCUGCCCAGAUGCAUACAUAAUAAUUGAUAUUUAUAAAUUAUGUUAAUGUUAUCACAUGUAAACUUUUAAUGCCGUGGACGUUCCACGGGGGAGGUUUACUUAGAACAUGUAACGAACUGCACUGUGUUGCAAGUAUAUUGCAAUGUAUUAAAAGUGUUAAAAUAAAUUAACUUUGUAAAAAAAUUAUCUCAAGCGCAUUGAGGGGGCAGUCACGUGACUCUACAGAUCUGAGCGUCUGGCUUGAAACUAAUGGUAAGCCACGACCACACAGCAUGGGGAAAAGGCCCCUUAUUCCUGACUUCAAUGAAGUUAUUAGACAGAGUUGAUGAAGACUUACUGGCUCACUACCGAGUCAUCAGGUAAAUAAGGCAUAAAAUAUAUUUUUGCUUUGUGUUCUGUGUUGUUACCACGGAUAACUGGGCACAAAUGAAUAUAAACAAAAAGGUGUAGAAAAUAUCUAUUAUCAAGUUUUCCUUGCCUCAUUUCUUGAGAAUAGUGCUGAAAAUUGCACAACUACAUGGUGAAGCUACGGCAAGUGUUACAUCUAGAUAUUUGUUGAACAAAGAAACGCAAUUUUCCGUCUAUGCUGUUAAAUUCAUGUUCAAAGUGAAAAUGAUGAAGGAGUAACUAUCUACCAAUACUCGCAGUAGUGUGUCUAGUCCGUAACUAUGCUUCCAUUGACAACUGUUUUUUACAUAAUUGAAGGAACAAUAUAAUGCUGAUACUUUCAAAAUGUUCACUUCAAAACUGUAUUUGAGUAUUUUAUACUAAGCAGAUAAUUAUUGAAAAGUAAGAGAAAAAAAACACCACAGGUUGGUCAUAAACCUGAAAAAUCUAGAAGAGUUGGGAAAUUUUUAAAAGAUUGUAGGAAUUCUGUAAAAGUUUCACAUUGUACCAGCUUACAUAGAAUAACUUUUAUACUAAUGAGACUAUAGUGUCCGGCGGUCACAGGAUUCGAAAAAGUCUUGGAAAUUUCUAAAAUGUUUCAUAAUAAUUUCAAACUUCAAAUUGUUUAGCUUGUGGUGAUUGUCUGAUCGAUUGUAUUUCUGUGUAUCUGAAUAUACAAAAUUCCCUUCGAAAAGCCUUAUUCCUACAUCAUUAGUCACUUGAAAGCAAUAUCAUAUUUCUCUGUAAUGUUACUGGAUAUUUUCUUUUUACAUUCAGAUUAUAUAGAAUGAAGAAGCAUGGAAGAUUGUUGAAAAAAUGGAGUCAUAAAUUUAAUGACACCCGAUUCUCUUGAAUCCAAUAUCCUAUAUUCCAGUAAAUGGAAAUAAAUCAAUAAGAAGUGUAAAUCGUUUUGAUCCCUUCUAAACCUGUUCUUGUACGAUUAUUUUGUUAUCGUAUAUGGGUGUAUAUUGAUAAGUUUGAACUGAAUGGAAACAUUUUCAGUUGAAAAAAUGUUAUAAUGAAUCAAUUUUUGAUUGUGAAUGUCUGAAAGGAAUUAGAAUAAUUUCAAGUGAGCUAAUAAAUUGUUUUCUUUGUGUUUAUCAUCAAUAACAAAAUCGUGGUUUAAAUAUGCCAAUGGUCUAUUUUAUUGUACAUGAAGAAGUCAGCAGCCGAUUAAGGCUUAAGUAAUGUAUUUACGUUUUAGUCACUACUGGCGGUAUUCCAUACAUUGUGUAUAUACGCAAUAUCUACAACCAGUAGAUCUUCCCCUUAGCAGAAGUGGUCUAUCCUACGAGUAGCAAAAGACUCCCUAAUCUGUAGAAAAUUCAUGUGACUCACCUUGUAAAGUAAUAGAACUGUACACCAGCAAUGUUAAAAAAUUAUAAAAAUAAGCAACUUGUAAUAAUUAAAAUAUGAAUAGACGUUACAAAGACGGUCUACAAAUCUA